CCCCGUGCCUUCCAUCUGCCCAUCUCUCUUCCACGUCUCCCUACCCACCCCGGCUCCUCCCGAUCUCCGAGCCAAGCAGAGCUGCCGCCGCCGCCAUGGCGUUCGAGAAGAUCAAGGUCGCCAACCCCAUCGUUGAGAUGGACGGUGAUGAGAUGACCAGGGUAUUCUGGCAGUCUAUCAAGGACAAGCUUAUCUUCCCAUUUUUGGACCUGGACAUCAAGUACUAUGACUUGGGGGUCCUGCACCGUGACGCAACUGAUGACAAGGUCACGGUGGAGGCUGCAGAGGCUACUCUCAAGUACAAUGUGGCUAUUAAGUGUGCGACUAUUACUCCAGAUGAAACCCGGGUUAAGGAGUUCAACCUCAAGCAAAUGUGGAGGAGCCCGAAUGGCACAAUUAGGAACAUUAUAAAUGGCACUGUGUUCAGAGAGCCAAUUAUAUGUAAAAAUGUCCCAAGGCUUGUUCCAGGAUGGACUACGCCCAUUUGCAUUGGAAGGCAUGCCUUUGGUGAUCAGUACCGGGCUACUGAUGCAGUUCUGAAGGGGCCUGGGAAGCUCAAAUUAGUGUUUGAGGGUAAAGAAGAGCAGAUUGAUCUGGAGGUUUUUAACUUUACUGGUGUGGGAGGAGUUGCUUUGUCAAUGUACAACACUGAUGAGUCAAUUCAAGCUUUUGCUGCGGCUUCUAUGACAACUGCUUAUGAGAAGAAAUGGCCGCUGUAUCUUAGCACCAAAAACACAAUUCUGAAGAAGUAUGAUGGCAGGUUCAAGGAUAUUUUCCAGGAGGUCUAUGAAGCUGACUGGAAAUCCAAAUUUGAGGCUGCUGGAAUAUGGUAUGAACACCGUCUUAUUGAUGACAUGGUUGCCUAUGCACUUAAGAGCGAAGGAGGCUAUGUUUGGGCUUGCAAGAAUUAUGACGGAGAUGUGCAGAGUGAUUUCUUAGCUCAAGGUUUUGGCUCAUUGGGUUUGAUGACAUCAGUAUUGGUGUGCCCUGAUGGGAAAACCAUCGAAGCUGAAGCUGCCCAUGGCACAGUUACUCGUCAUUUCCGUGUUCAUCAAAAGGGAGGUGAAACCAGCACAAACAGCAUUGCUUCUAUCUUUGCGUGGACACGAGGACUUGCACACAGGGCAAAGCUUGAUGACAAUGCUAGACUUCUUGACUUUGUGCAAAAACUUGAGGCUGCCUGCGUUGGAACAGUGGAGUCUGGGAAGAUGACAAAAGAUCUUGCACUUCUUGUUCAUGGAUCUUCGAACGUUACAAGAAGCCAUUACCUGAACACUGAAGAGUUCAUUGAUGCAGUUGCUGCUGAGUUCCGAUCAAGACUGGCAGCGAACUGAGCUUUCAUGGAAAUUCUCAGCAAAUUUAAUGUUUCAUCACCCGUCACUUGUCAUUUCGGUUAUUCAUUCACACCUCAAAUUAUUGUCAAUGUAUGCAACUUAAAGAUGCUAAUGUUAUGUAGGGUACUCUAAAUAAAUGAUAUAUAUAGAAUGUUUGGUCAGCGCAGAUGAUUGGAAAUUA